ACAACGCACAUAACUAGCCAAACGAACAGUCUAGGAAGUAUUGCUUAGGUACAUGAAAGCAGUUAUAUUUUGUUGACAGAAGUUUUAAAUUACUCGAAGUACCUAAAUCACUUCUCAACGAUAAAGAAGAAUUAUGGCACAAGUCACCCUUCACUCCAAGUCUGAACUGAGGAAAAGAAUCAUCCCAACCCGCACGACCCCAGCCAUGUCACCUUGAGAGUGCACCUCUGUCCCCUGGGUAUGGUGCCAACGAACCGAUGUGGUAACGAGCGGUAUAAAAGGAGCGCCGAGGCCGGUACCAGUAUCAGUGCACCACUGCCUACUUCCAAGAUACCAACAUGAAGCUCUUCAUUUUCGCCGUCGUCGUGGCCGUGGCCGCCGCCGCCCCGUCGGAGCUCCCCUAUGAAGAGGACGUCGUCGAAAUUCUCCGACAGAAUAUCGAUCACAACGACGACCACUCCUACCAACACUCUUUCGAGAGCGAAAACGGCAUCUCUGUGUCGGAGUCUGGCCAGCCGGAGGAUGACGACAGCUACAGCGUGUCGGGCCAGUUCAGCUACACGGCCCCCGACGGCGUCACCUACACGGUGGUGUACUCGGCCGGCGAGCAGGGCUUCCAGGCGCAGGGCGACCACCUGCCCACCCCGGUGCCCACCCAGUACCCCACGCCGGAGGUGGCCGACGACGAGGAAGAGGAGGGAGAGCAGGAGGAGGAGGAGGAGGGAGAGGAGGAGAGUGCUGCUGCUGGGGAGCCCGUCUACGAGAGGGUCAUCGUCGGCUACAGGCCACGGUACAAUUAAAUUGAUUCAAUCCUAGACUUGCAUACUGUAUAUUCCUGCGCUCAAUUAUUUGUGUUGACAGUUGGUUUUGAAGUGCAUUGGUACUUCAUGUUGCGUCAUAUGUGUCAUAUCGUACGCUCAAUAUAUAUUUCGUGUUCAUACAACA